CUCGCAUUAAAUGAAAUAGCGUUCAUAUGUAUACGCUUCAACUAGCGACAAAUUAAUGAUCGCUUAUUUGAUGGAAUGAACGAAUAAUUGGCACGAAAGUGUGAACGGGCAGUCGACAGUCGGCUGAAAAGAAAGGUGAACGAGUCGAAGAGAAAAUCUUUGCCGUUUGUCAUUUAGCUCUGAUCAUUUUAAGUUGAUUAUUUCGAGGAAAUUUUAUUGGGCGAGAUCACUGCCAUAUAUUUACAAAAUAACUUGUUGAUGUGCAAUUAAAUAUCGUUGGAAAAUUUAUUAAUGCAAAAAAAAGGCGCAAAAAACAUGUACUCGAAGAAAAACAAUGUUUGAUUCGAAAGAUGUUGAUGGUUAUAAUCGUCGGCGUUUAAAAUGGUGAUUGAACGAUCACUGCAAAAGCAGGAAAGUGUCAAGUGCCAAUAAACAAACGAACGAGAUAUAUGUGAACUGGGAAUUUGUUAGCUUACAAAUUUACAUCAAUAACUAAAAAAAAAAGAAACACAAACAAUUCACCUUAAGCGAGAAGAACUAUAGAAAGUAUACUAUAAUAAAAGGUAUAAAAAGCCGAAAGUGGUCGGCCUACCUUUGCGACUUCUGACACAAAAUGAACUCGAUCGUAAUCGGCAAAAACGCUUUAAUUCAGUUGGAAAAUUUUGUAAUUGCGUGGAAGCGAUUUCAAAGAGUGCAGCCAUUUCUAAUAAAUAUUCAGAAAACCAGCCGAAUCAAGCAAGGUACCCAGGCUUGGAAAGUUGUAAAGCUUUCUUCUAAUGUCACCCCUGGUGCAGCGCAACUAUCUGCAACAGUGACAAGUGGCGGUGUUUUGAAAAUAAGUAAACAAUUCGUGGCAAAGUCUUAUGUCCCCCCACUAAAUGUAGCGGCGUUUGCAAACUUUGUCAAACUCAUCUAUUUUCAACAUUAACCUAUUACAAAUAAACUUGACUUUUCAUUGCAAAAUUUAUAACAAUUGUAACAGCAAAUAAGCUAACCCAUCUAUACCUAUACCAAGUGAAAAAGUGCGUAUAAUAAUACGCGUAUAAGGCUAUUCAAUACCAAAACAAGAAGCAUAACAACGACGUCUGAAUGAUGGCAGAUCAUAUGGAUGAACCUCCGCAAAAGCGGACUAAAAUGGAUCCGACGGACUACGUCUCCGUUUUAGAAGAUGAUCUGCCAGAUGAACUUGUUACUGGUAACAGCAAUUGGCCAGAUCCUCUUAGCAGUGGUGGAGGACCUGGCGGUCCAGGAUCUGGCCUUGGUGUCAAUGUGGUUGGCGGUCCUAAUAAACCACCUGCACAAGGCCCUGGGCCAGGUGGACCGCAAAUUAAUGGUGGCGGCGAAGAUUCCACUGGUGUGGGCGGCAAUCAAGUCGGCGGUAAUCCUUUACGUCAAAUGCAACAUCAUCAACAUCUGCAACAAUUAUUGCAGCAACAAGGUAACAAGAACAUGGGUAUGAUAGGUAAUCCUAUGGGCGGAGCUGGAAUGAACCAAUUGGGUAGUAAAUCACCUAACUUGCAAUCACCAAACGCAGCUGGCAUGCAAGUAGUUGGUGGUCAAAUGGGCAUGGUCAAUUCGAUGGCGAUGUCUAUUUCUAAUAAUGGCGCUCAAGGAAUGAAUACGAUGCCCGGCAUGAAUACAAUUGCUCAAGGCAAUAUUGGAGGUAUGGUGAUCACCAAUAGUAAUUUGGGUGGUCUUGGUGGCAAUGCGGGAAUGGUGAACACAUUGAAACAACAAAUAGGCGCUGGAGCUGGCGGUAUGAUGAGCGCAGGGCCAGGCGGUGUGGGACCUGUUGGAAAUAUGGGUCCGGUCGGUGGUCCUAACCAAGGAAUGCAUUUAGGUGGCGGACCCGGUCAUCCGCAGGGUCUACAAAAUGGACCGAUGAUGGGCAGAAUGGUCGGACAACAUAUGUUACGUGGUCCCAGUCCACAUUUAAUGGCUGCUAAUGGACCUGGCGUUGGUCCAGGAGGUGGUCCUCGAAUGCAAAAUCCAAAUAUACAAAUGGGUAAGUUUUCUUUUCUAUAUAAUGUAAAUCAUGCAAGUUUUAAACAUAUGUAGUACAUUCAGCGCACA